AUGUCAGCCUUCUCCUCGGCUCACAAAACCACCAGUGACCUUUUCUCUGACUCUGUGGGCCAGAUGUUGAGCCAAGGUGGAUGUUUGACACAUGAUCUGGGGCAGAUGAUGGGAAGUGAGUCCAGUCUGAUGAAGAUGACAGAAGUUGAAUAUACUCACCUCCAACACCUGAUCCAGACGCAACUGGAGGCACAAGCUGGGCCUCCUGAUGGGUCCGGUGUCCAUGGUCACCCUGCUACAGUGAUGGUUAAAGAUCCCACUGCAUCCACUGGGCUUUCUGCUUCCACAACCACUCAAGCUAUUGACCUGUCAACUUCAAAUGAGCUGGUGAUGCAAGGAGACAAGACACCAGGCCCUUAUGGAGAGGUUCCGGGUUUUGUUCUGGCCAGAAUCACAGGUAAAGGGAGUCUGACUAAACUGCAUGUUAACAGCAGGACGUCUUCACUGAGGCAACCAAGAUCAGCUGUGAGAGUUCGCUUGGAGAAGAGGUUCAAAAGCAUGUCUGCUGACUCCCCAAAGGAUGUUCAGUCAGUCGUCCUCAGCAACGUGUUUACAUUAUUUCAGCAGUCUGCAGAGGCUCAAGAGGCAGCUAUACAUCCAAAAAUGCAGAACUGGUUAAAAACAGAGGGAGCGACUCCUGUUGUUGCUUCUAGCCCAUACGUGGUGGGUGUGAAUAACCCUGCCCCCAGUAUGUGUGGCCAGGUGCUCGGCCACAUUCCUUACAUGGUUGAAGAGCACCAAGAUUCAUUCAUCCACAAUUUCUGCUUGGACCCGGUAGUUACAAAAGCUCCCUUUACCAGCAGCAGCAACUCAACAGAAGAGACGCCGUUGAGAAACAUAGAGAAUGUGGUGACACAUGCUGCCUCCAGGAGGCGUGGUAGACCUCGCAGCCCUCAGCCGACCAAGGCUGUGGAGGACAUCCCAGACUCUGCUGGAGCAGCAGGAAGCAGCACCAGGCGAACAGCUCAGUCUCAUAACCAGCGCAAGGAGAAGCACAACAUUAUGGAAAGAGAGCGCAGGAAGAGGAUACGUUUGUGUUGCGAUGAGCUGAAGAUGAUGGUGCCAUUCUGUGACUGCAACACAGACAAACUCACCACUCUGCAGAGGACCACGGCCUUCCUCAGCUACAUCACAAAAGUGUACGGAGACACCUUCAAACAGGAGUUUCAGGAGGCCUGCAGCGAUGAGAUGCAACUCUUUCAGAAGUCCAGAUCGCCUUUAGUUCAGAACCCUCACAGUGUUGAUCUUGCGGCGGAACAAUGAUCUCACCCCCUCACUUAUUUAUUCUGUAUAUUUAUUUAUAUUCAAUCAGAUAUUGGAGUAGAUCAGCUGACGUUAUCCCUGUUUGUUUGUUUUUAAAUGACAAGAGGUUUCCUUUAGUGUGGAACUCAGCUUCAGACCACAUUUCAGAGAUUUAGAAAGCGGGAAAAUGAUUUUGGGUGUCGAUGCUGAAUAACAUUUUCCAUGAGUUUACGUCGUUAAUGCAUGUUAAUGUUUGAAUUGUUGUGUCAUUUCAUCCACUACUGAUGUUGCUUCCUUACUUUAGAACAGGGAUUUUCAACGGUUUCCCUGCUCCAACACACCUGAUUCAAAUAAAUAGCUCGUUAUCAG